ACCAAAAGUCUCGAAUUUAUAUCUUAUCAUAUUGUCAGGGGUUAAAUGCGCUUUAAGUUGAUAUAUCGAUCUCCAAAAUUGACCCACGGGGUGAUUCACAAUGAACUUGCAAAGAGUCUCAAAAUGUAUGCAUUAUUCACGUCGUCUGCUGUCAUGGAGGCAGCCAUGUUUUCUUUCUCGAGCUCGCUUGUGACGUAUUUGUGGACAACUCGAUCGCGCGUGCUGUCAUUUCUCUGUGUGCAAGAUGGUGCUGUGUCAAGCUUUUGGGUGUUCUAAUCGGAGCGGAAAAUGUCGAGACAAGAGUUUUCACGCGAUUCCCGAUCCAAAAAAGGAUGCGGAAUUAUGCAAAAAGUGGUUAGCUGCCAUUCGAGUAGAGAAAUUUAAUCCGAACUCAUACCAAUAUGAUAGAAACAAUGUGAUUUGUAGCGAUCACUUCGCGGCAAGCGACUUCGUGGAAGACCUUCGUGCACGUCUAAUGAAAACCAAACCUAGGAAAAUGCUCAAAGAAGGUGCUGUUCCUUCCAUAUUCGCUCAUCGAGCUCCUCCGAAAGAGAGACCGUCAACAGAGAAGAUGCUGUCUCAAAGGUCUGCAAAACAGUAUAUCCAAUCUGUUUUGGAAGUGAAAGAGCCAAUAUACAGUAGUUCUGCCCCUCAUACAAGUACGUGUCCUUCACCCAACCGAGUCCUUAUGUCGACUGUCCAAUCCCACGAAGAGCCAGAGGAUACUGUUGAUCUGGAAAUGACUGACUUGGAACAGGAAGAGCACGUUCAUAUGCAAGACAAUGGACCUCCUAAGAAGAAAGUAAAGAGGCAAAGAAGAAAAAGAAAGAGGAAAACAACUGAGGGCGGUGAAAAACUUCGUGCCUGGGUGGACGCGUCAACCCAAACCCUGUUCUCAGUUUUAAGGAAAACAGAGGACAUGUGGACCCAGAUACCAGAAGACUUCAACUAUGUCAAUGAAGAGCAUGCUUAUGCUAUGACAAUGCCAGCUUUAGUCAAGCCUGUGUACUUUCGAGAAUCAGAACCACCACUGCAUGCUAUCGAGGAACCUGUCAUCGAGGAGCAUGCCAUUGACGAACAUGCCAUUGAUAAACCUGCCAUACAAGAACCUCCUAGCUCUGAAACCCCAACAGUUGUUAUUCCAGAGGUUCCAUCUAUGGACGAAGAGUCUUCACUUCAGGAAAUGGAAAUUGAUUACCCAGCUGAGGCAAGCCCAUUGACUUCAAAUGGCCCAUCAAGUCCAACUUCAUCAAGUUCCUCGUCUACAUCAUCCAGAUCAACAGAUUUCUCAUACGAAGCUUCAGACGAAUCCUCUGAUUCAGAGGAGGAGGAAGACUCAGAUGCAGUAAAGUUUGCCACACAAAAGAACUUCAUUGUGGCAGAGAGCAGCCUUAAUGAUCUUCUCUUUGGGUUGAAGUGUCAGGCUUGCCAAGAUGGGCACAUAGCUGAACUGAAGAAAUACCAAACUGGCACCAUGGUGACUGUCAAUGUAAAUUGUGUCUGUGGAAAUCUCGUCACAAAAUGGUCAUCCCAACCAACCAUUGGUCGACAGCCUGUAGGCAACAUCCUUACUGCAGGAGCAAUACUGCUAGGGGGGCAGUCUUAUGAGAAGAUGGCAUUUUUUGCAAGUUUACUCAACUUAGAAUUUAUCUCACGGACAACUUUCAAUGGAAUCCAGGAGUCGAUGCUCUUCCCUACUAUUAAUACUUUUUACCAGCAAGAGAUUCGUGAGUGCAGGGAAGCAGUACGAGGAAGACCUGUCACUGUUAUUGCUGAUGGCCGUUGCGAUUCACCCGGCUACAAUGCGAAGUACUGUACAUAUACCUGCAUGGAUUCUGCUACGCAUAAAGUCAUUGCCAUGGCUUUAGUCCAGGUUUCGCAAGCCAAUAGUUCAGUCGCCAUGGAGAAGGUGGGCUGUAAGAUGACGUUAGAUGACAUGCUGGCUGCUGGGGUGGAAGUAAAGAUUUUCGCAACCGAUCGACACAGCGGAAUCAGAAAGAUGCUGAGGGAGGAGUAUGAAUGGAUCGAUCACCAAUUCGAUGUUUGGCAUUUUGCCAAAUCGGUUGUGAAAAGGCUUACGAACAAGGCGAAGACCAGAGACUGUCAGGAGCUUGCACCAUGGAUACAGCAUAUCUCUAAUCAUAUUUGGUGGUCUAGCCAAAACUGCAGAGAGGAUCCGGACAUGCUAGUAGAAAUGUUACAAUCCAUGACACAUCAUCUGGUUGACGUACACACUUGGAACUCGGGAGAAAAAUUCCAUGAAUGUGCCCAUGCACCAUUGACUGAUGACGAAACUGAAGAGAGGAAGUGGCUUGAGCCGGGAUCCAAAGCGCAUGAAGCCGUUCAGCAAGUCAUUUUUGACAAGCUACUAGUGAAAGAUAUGAAGCAUCUGACAAAGGCCUGCCACACUGGUGUACUAGAAUCAUACCAUGGACUAUACUUGAAGUAUUGUCCAAAGAGGCAGCACUUUUUCUACCCAGCGAUGCUUGCAAGGGCACAGUUGACAGUACUUGACCAUAAUGCAAACGUAGGAAGAAGUCAAGCAACAAUCAUUCGUCCAAGAAAAGGAUCUGGCAAGAAAGGAGAGGCACGCUUCAAGUAUGCAUAUUCCAAAGGAGCAAGAGCAUGGGUUAAGAAGAAGGUGCUAGAGCACAAGGAGUAUGCUUAUCUCUGGGAGAUUCUGAUCGCUGCCCUUCAAAUGAAGACUGGGGAAUUUCAAGCAGAAUUGCCUCAGAUACCUGUCCUUCCUCCGAACAUUGCGAAAAUCCCAAGGCCAUCGAAAGAAGAGCUAGAGUCACAAGGAAAUGUAACACGAUUUAAAGAAUAGUUGUACAAUUAAAAGUAGGACUACACAUUAAUUGAACAUGUUGCUGCUCAACUUGUAACAAUUGGACUCAUCGUUCCUCUUGUUUCCACCGCCUGACUUCCACGUGUAAGAGCACGGCAGUUUGUACAUUUGCCUUAUGAUUGAUCCUAAAUUGACAUGUCAGCAUCUUUAUUAUACUGUCUGUGUAUGAGCAAGUUUGGAAUAAAAUUGCGAGACUCAAUAAUACAUAUGACUGGUUUAUUGACACCCAAUGACUGAAGUAGCCUUGUGAGGCGUUACCUACUCGCUGAUUUCAUAAUCCAUGAUAGGGUCAAAUUAGACCAAAUCACAGAUGAAUAUCCCUUUCGUAUGUAUCAGUACCAACUUGUUGUGCUUCCAUUUCUCAAGUACAGGAAAUAACCAAUACGUGAAUAUGUAAGAAAUUUCACACACUUCCAGAAAUUCAUUGUUCUUACUGAAAGGAAGAGAAAUACCUAUUUGUGGGAAUGUUUCUAUUUUAACCAAUGCUAUUUCUGGGAUGAAGGGAGAUAUUUGAUUAUUUCUCUAACUCUCUAAAGCAGAGUGUGAAGAGUAAUGUGAAACAAUCAUUGUGUUUAGUCAUGCUGUUAACAUUGCAAAUCUAUUCUGUAUAGUUCUUUUGUUUUUAUUUGUUUCUUAGAAAGGACUUGACUAUUUUAGAAGUGUUAAGAAACAGCCUCUUCUGAUCACAUCUUCAAUCUACUCAAACGUACUAAAAUUUGGAAUUCAUGUUCUUUUCAUUCAACAAAGACUACAUGUCUGUCGAAUUUUAUUAUCCCAUGGUGUUAUGCACAUUGGUCUUGGAUUCGGAAUAAAGACAUUGAAGUCAGUACUGUCAGUUCUUAUUUGGUAAGGUAAAAACCAAACCUUGGGUUGUAUUUUUUACUACUUUUUGCGUAUUCAUAGCGUUUAUUGGAUUUGAUGAAUUUGUACAUGUAGAAUUUAAUUGUUUCCAUAUAGUACACUGUACACCUGUGAUAUUGAAUAUUCAGUGAUAUUGUCUUAGGUUUUCUUGCUGUCACAAUUUGUAUUAUUAUGGUUUAUGGUCUACUUUAUUCAGUGCAUAUAUUAGAUAAUGUACAGGAAAUACAUGUAGUACAUUUUUAAAGCAUCAUUGGGUUUGAAUGCACACAUGCUAAAGUUGAACAUGAUUAUAAUGUGUAUGCCUUGUCAUGAUAUCAAUAAAUUGAGGGAAAUCUUGGAAUUCUGACCAAUUAUGCUUUAUGAGCAAUGCACAUCAAAGUUGGCAUACCAUGCACACAAGGGUAUGGGUGUUGAUCAUCACCAGUUUCUACAUUUUAUUACCCCCACAUACAUGUAAUACCAAAAUCAAUUUGGUUUUUCGUCUGUUAAUUGCCUCUGUGAUUGAAUUAAAGCUGGCAUAUUAUUAUAUGUAUUUUAUUAGGUGUCAAAUUUGACGUUUUUCAUUCUUGUGCCUAUAGUUAUUAAUCUAUUAUUCUCUUUUUGUCCAUUAGUUCACUUAUAUAACUUGAGAGUAGUCCACAUGAAGGGUUAUACUGUACAAUUAUAUUUCAUUUAGAGUACAACAUAAUAUGUUCUUGCUGAAAGAAUAUGUCAGUAAUUGCAUUAUCAGAACAUGUUUUUUGUUGCAUGCACAUCGAUACAUCUAUAUAGUUUGAGACUUUAGUUUUUGAACAGUUUGAUUUUAUUACAUAUUUCUCGGCUUCUCUUCUUAUGGAAAAUAUGGCAAAAGAAUUUAUGGUAUGUGGUGGUAUAGGAACAGUGGCGGACCGUGACCCGGAGGAGACAAAGCAUGGGGCACAG